UCCGGGUUUGUGCCAUGUGACCUGACGUCACCCACCUCUGCCCAGCGACGGACCGAGCAGGUCGCCUCAGUUACUGCACGGGUCAAAUCUCACAAACGCGCGUCGCUCUCAUUCGAUUCGCUUUGAGCUCCAAACAUGAACCCCGACAUACUCAACGAGAGGCAGAAGGCGACCUUUGAUGUCGAGAAACUCACCAACAUUUUGAACGGAGGCCUCGAGAAGACCAAGAGGAGACGAGAAAUCGAGUCAAUGGUCCUGAACGACCCAGGCUUUGAGGAGGAGGACCCAAACUUCCUGUCCCGCAGUGAGCGCUAUGACCAAGCUGUUAGAAAGAGUGCUCAAAUGAUCCUCAAGUUGAGGGAGUAUGGCAUUGCGGACCCAGAGGAGAUCUACUGCUAUAAGAGCUGCGUGCACCCAGGCAGGCCCGAUCCCUUUGAUCUGCAUCUCGGAAUGUUCCUGCCCACGCUGCUCAACCAGGCCACGUCAGAACAAAUGGACCGAUUCUUCAUGCCUGCCUGGAACCUAGAGAUCAUCGGCACCUACGCUCAGACUGAGAUGGGCCACGGCACACACCUCCGAGGACUGGAGACCACUGCCACAUAUGACCCAGCCACACAAGAGUUUAUCCUUAACAGCCCCACUGUCAGCUCCAUCAAAUGGUGGCCAGGAGGUCUUGGUAAGACCUCAAACCACGCAAUUGUACUUGCCCAGCUGUAUACUCGGGGAAAUUGCCACGGUCUACAUGCUUUCAUCGUACCUAUCCGUGACAUGGACACACACAAACCAUUGCCAGGUAUUGUUGUUGGGGAUAUUGGACCCAAAUUUGGUUUUAAUGAAGUUGACAAUGGCUUUUUGAAACUUGACCAUGUGCGGAUACCACGGGAGAACAUGCUCAUGAAGUACGCCAAGUUGGACCCAGAUGGCACCUACGUCAAGCCGCCUAGUGCUAAGCUGACUUAUGGCACCAUGGUUUUCAUCCGUUCCAUGAUUGUAGGCGAGUCCGCUCGGGCCCUCGCAAAGUCCAGCACCAUCGCCAUCCGCUACAGCGUUGUCCGCCACCAGUCUGAAAUCCGGCCUGGAGGGCCAGAGCCUCAGAUCCUUGACUACCAGACGCAGCAAUACAAACUUUUCCCUGUGCUUGCUAUGGCCUAUGCCUUCACCUUUGUUGGGCAGUACAUGAACCAAAUGUACCACCGCAUCACUGGAGACAUCAACCAGGGGGACUUCAGUGAGCUGCCAGAGCUCCACGCUCUGUCUGCUGGUCUGAAGGCUUUCACCACGUGGGCAGCCAACUCUGCCAUUGAGGUUUGCCGCAUGUCAUGCGGAGGUCACGGCUACUCGCGCAGCAGUGCCUUGCCGGACAUAUAUGUUGAAUUCACCCCAACCUGCACCUACGAGGGAGAAAACACAGUCAUGAUGCUGCAGACCGCGAGGUACUUGAUGAAGAGCUACAGGCAGGCUAGAGCAGGUCAGCGGCUGCAUGGCAUUGUAUCAUACCUGAAUGAGUCAGAGCAUCAAAGAAUUCAACCACAGCUUGUCGCCGCAAGAUCGACUGGGCUCGAUAUUAAUGACCUGUCCAGCCUGGUGGAGAUCUACAAACUACGAGCCGCCACUCUGGUAGAGCUGGCAGCCAAGAGCAUCCAGAAGGAGCUGCAACACAAGAAGAGCCAAGAGGAUGCCUGGAAUAAUAGUGCUAUCGACCUGGUCCGAGCCUCUGAUGCUCACUGCCACUAUGUGGUAGUGAAGCUCUUCGCUGACAAAUUGGGGGAGAUUGAUGCUGCCACCAUACAUUCAGUGCUGUUGACGCUUGCUCGCCUCUAUGCACUUCAUGGCAUCUCGAACAACUCUGGAGACUUUCUUCAGGCUGGACUUUUGAACGGGUCCCAGAUGCUGCAGAUUACUACUUGUAUCAAGGAGCUGCUUUCUGAGCUGAGGCCAAAUGCUGUGGCAUUGGUAGAUGCCUUUGAUAUCCAUGACAGGAUGCUGAAUUCUGUCUUAGGGCGAUACGAUGGGAAUGUCUAUGAGCACAUGUUUGAAUGGGCCCGUCGCUCACCCUUGAACUCUACAGAGGUGCACGAGUCCUAUCAUAAGUAUCUGAAGCCCCUGAGGUCCAAACUGUGAGCUGAGCCGCACAUUCUGAUAGCGACCAUUUCUGCUUGUAGAUAUGAAAUGGACUAAUUCUUCAUUUCAAACCCCAACAAGUCUAUUGACUUUGAUCUCAUCUCAUUUAGACUCGCCUGUAUUCUUUGGAUGAAUUCCCCGUCUUAUUUAAUGAGGGGAAGAGACGUUUUUGACUGUCUAAAUCAUUCUUUUUUUUUUUUUUUUUUUUUUUAUAAAUUGAUUUAAAAUUGUUUAUAUACAUGAUGAGCAAUUAUAGAUUUCCAUGUCUUAAAAAAAGAAUCCACUCACAUGCAUCAAACAUAUGUCCAUGAAAGUUCAAAUUUAUCUAAUUAUGUAAUGCGUUAAAAAAAAAGAAUCCACUCACAUCCAUGAAAUGUAUUUCCAUGAAACUUCAAAUUUAUCUAAUUAUGUAAUACUUCAUGUCUUGUCCAUUCUUUUGUAGCCUGAUGGCAUUUUUUUGUUUUUCCUAAAAAGAACAAAACACAACUAUGAAUAUUACGUAACCCUCCCUGCACCAAAAACUGUUUUGUUUAUUUUCCCAUAGACUGGGCUGUUUGUAAUUUUAUUGCAAGGACACAAUAUUGCCUUGUCAUUCAGUGGGGGGAAAAUUCAUGUAAGUUAAUGUUGCAACAGACAUUUUAUGUGCAUGUUGCCUGAAGCAAAUUAGAACAGCUUCACCUCAGAAACGAUUUGACCUUUUACUUCCUAAAAUCUGUUAUUUCAGAGGGUUUCAGGUUGCUGGUUUACCUUUGUUUUGGCACAGUGUUUGUAGGCCUAUUGAAACUAUUUAGCCACAGUGAGUCUACAAUGCACACUAAGAUGUAUUGCUAUCACAAAGUAAACGUAAAAAUUAAAAUGAGCACGACCACAUUUUUGCUUGUGUGUAUGGAAGGCUGAGCUCAAUCUAGAGUUGAAAGGCAUUGUAAAAGAUCCAAUAUGGGCUUUACCGAACCACUUAAUAAAUAAAGGCACGUGAGGUGUUAUGUUCCUAAUGGGCUCUUUGCAAGUGAUCUCCCUCGUUGCAGAAAUACGGUUGGAUCUUUUCCAGUUUUGAAAAAUUGUGCUAUUCUAAAGCCUGUGUUUACAGGACUUGCCCAAACUAACCAUCACAGACGUACGUACGUAUUUCUAAGUCCUCCUCUAAAAGACUAAGCAGGAAUUAUUAGGAUGCAGACUUUCAACUCCCUCCAAAGACUUUCCAUGGGGUUGAGAUCUGGAGACUGGGUAGGCCACUCCAAGACCUUGAAAUGCUUCUUACGAAGCCACUCCUUCGUUGCCCGGGCAGUGUGUUUGGGAUCAUUCUUCUUUUCCUUUCGGCUUGUCCCGUUAGGGGUCGCCACAACGUGCCAUCCUUUUCCAUGUAAGCCUAUCUCCUGCAUCCUCUUCUCUAACACCAACUGCCCUCAUGUCUUUCUUAACGACAUCCAUCAACCUUCUCUUUGGUCUUCCUCUACCUCUCUUUCCUGGCAGCUCCAUCCUCAUCAUCCUUCUACCAAUAUGCUCACUAUUUCUCCUCUGGACGUGUCCAAACCAUCUGAGUCUGCUCUCUCCAACUUUGUCUCCAAAACAUCUACCUUUGGCUGUCCCUCUGAUGAGCUCAUUUCUAAUUUUAUCCAACCUGGUCACUCCAACCUCAACAUCUUCAUUUCCGCCACCUCCAGCUCUGCUUCCUGUUGUAUCUUCAGUGCCACUGUCUCUAAUCCGUACAUCAUGGCUGGCCUCACCACUGUUUUAUAAACUUUGCCCUUCAUCCUAGCAGAGACUUUUCUGUCACACAACACACCUGACACCUUCCUCCACCCGUUCCAACCUGCUUGGACCCGUUUCUUCACUUCCUGACCACACUCACCAUUGCUAGGGACUGUUGACCCCAAGUAUUUGAAGUCCUCUACCGUUGCUAUCUCUUCUCCCUGUAGCUUCACUCUUCCCCCUCAACCCCUGUCAUUCAUGCACAUAUAUUCUGUUUUACUUCGGCUAAUCUUCAGUCCUCUCCUUUCCAGUGCAUUCUUCCAUCUUUCCAACUGUUCCUCCACCUGCUCAAUGCUUUCACUGCAGAUCACAAUGUCAUCUGCAAACAUCAUGGUCUAUGGGAAUUCCAGUCUAACUUCAUCUGUCAGCCUAUCCAUCACCACUGCAAACAGGAAAGGGCUCAGGGCUGAUCCCUGAUGCAGUCCCACCUCCACCUUAAACUCCUCUGUCACACCUACAGCACACCUCACCACUGUUCUGCUGCCCUCAUACGUGUCCUGUAUUAUUCUAACAUACUUCUCUCCCACUCCAGACUUCCGCAUGGAGUACCACAGUUCCUCUCUGGGUACUCUGUCAUAGGCUUUCUCUAGAUGUAGCUUUUUCUGACCUUCUCUGUACCUUUCCAUCGAGAUCUGCAAGGCAAAUAAUGCAUCUGUGGUAAUCUUUCUAGGCAUGAAGCCAUACUGUUGCUUGCAAAUACGCACUUCUGUCCUGAGUCUAGGCUCCACUACUCUUUCCCAUGGCUCAUCAACUUUAUUCCACUACAGUUCCCACAGCUCUGUAUAUCACCCUUGUACUUAAAAAUGAGCACCAGCACACUUUUCCUCCAUUCCUCAGGCAUCAUUUCACCCAUUAGAAUUCUGUUAAAACAAGAUGGUCAAAAACUCCACAGCCACCUCUCCUAGAUGCCUCCACAGGAAUGUCAUCAGGACCAAGUGCCUUUCCAUUUUUUAUCCUCUUUAGAUGCCUUUCUUACUUCCUCCUUACUAAUCAUUGCCACUUCCUGGGCCAUCAUACUUGCCUCUUCUACUCUUCCCAAAGUAUUCUUUCCAUCUAUCCAGCACACUGCUUCCAUUUUUUAAUAAUUGCUCCCACGGUUGAUUUCUUCACACCAAGCUGCUUAUCUAAUGCAGAUUCAGUCUUCCCAGCCUGGUGCAGGUCUACAAUUAUGUUUCUGGUGUCCUUUGACAGCUCUUUGGUCUUGGCCAUAGUGGAGUUUGGAGUGUGACUGUUUGAGGUUGUGGACGGGUGUCUUUUAUACUAAUCACGAGUUCAAACAGGUGCCAUUAAUACAGGUAACGAGUGGUGGACAGAGGAGCCUCUUAAAGAAGAAGUUACAGGUCAGUGAGAGCCAGAAAUCUUGCUUGUUUGUAGGUGACCAAAUACUUUUUUUUCACCCACAAUUUGCUAAUCUUUAAAAAUCAGACUGUGAUUUUCUGGAUUUUUUUCUUUUUUUCCCCCUCAUUUUCUCUCUCAUAGGUGAUGUAUACCUAUGAUGAAAAUUACAGGCCUCUCUCAUCUUUUAUACUGGGAGAACUUGCACAAUUGAUGGCUGACUGAAUACUUUUUUUGCCCCACUGUACUUGGCAAAUAAAGAUGAUUCUGAUUCUGAGAUUAUGAAUAUAUGGCUAUUGUAGUUUGCCAAACCAGAAGAGGGUCAACCAUAUUUUCCGCAAUGAAUAUGAUGUUACAGCGCUAUGUGCAAAGAGCCCAUUCUACAUUUAAUGAGAAAAUAAGGACAUAUUAAAGAACAUGGUAUAAACGGAUGUAUAAAAGUGAGGAAAUUAAGUACAUGGGUUCACAUUUGAGCCAAGAUUGCCUUUCAUUCUUUUCUUUACCCAUGCUUAUUGUCUGUACUGACAAAUCAAAGUAUUUUAAUUUUAUGGAAACUUGUUUUGUAAAAAAGAAAUAUAGCGAUAUAUUUAAUUUGAAGUCUUUAAUGUGCAUAAUUUAGCAGUAUAUAUUUUUUUUUAUGGGCAUUCAGUAUGUGCCUGUCUGCUUGAGGAAUUUUCCUUCCCAGACUAAGAUGGUUGUCUUCACAGGAUAACAUUUUGUCCCUGUAUUUACUGAUGUACAGUAUAUGCUGUAAAGGCAUGGUAACAGUUAGCCAAGAUGUUUAUUAACCAUAAUUGGUUGGAUAUUUGUUCAUGUUUCUACUAAUAUUGAUAAAUAAUUUGACGUUGUCAAAAUAAAUAUUCAUUAAGCAGUG